UGACAAAAAAUUAUUUUAAAGCAAACUAUUCGAACAAUCCAGUCAAUCUGCUAAACCAGUGUGAAGUUUGCAAGAAUCCUCAACCAAGAUAUAAACUCAAUUCAAAGCAUGGCUCUUCUACCCCGCCAUUUAAAUAUUUAUCGUACCAACAGUGCUUGCCUGGCUGUGUUGUGGAAAAGAACAAGAUAUUUAAAGUUAAAAUUACCUUUACAAGUACUGAUGAACACAAGAUUGUCGAGCUUACAAAUUAUAUUUUAUGCAAGCCAUAUGAUGGAGGAAGCGAUAAAACACAACAACUCUCAAAAGCUGGGAAUCAAUCCCGCUCAGAAGAUCCUGUUAGAAACUCUCUUGAUCAAGGUAAGAAAUCAAGGGUCUGA